UAUCUUGCUAACCAAUCAGAAGGCGCGCUGCUGUAGUGGGCGGGUCUAUGUGGGCUGGCGUUAAAACUCGAGCGGAACGGCUGCCCAGAUUCCCCUGUUCAUCCCGAGUCGGGCGGAGUCCAUGCGGACGGGAUAUCAAGGAUUUUUUACACGUCCUAGUGGCUAGAUUUUUAGCUUUAAACGGUUUCCAGAGCAGGUUAUUAACUCAAUUUAAUCCUGCCCGAGAUGACAACGACGACCACUUUUCAAGGAAUGGAUCCUAGCGCAAAAAAUAGCUCCAGGGUUCUGCGGCCUCCCGGCGGAACCUCCAACAUUUGCUUCGGCACAGACGAGGAAAGGCCGGUGCGCAAGAACAGAAUGGCCUCCAACAUCUUCGCCGAGCCCGAUGACCCCCACGCCCAUCGGAGGAACAACCCACCCGGAGGUGAAGCGACCGGAGUGUUGUGUGGCGAACACUCCGCCCCGUUGAGGCGGUGCCACCAGCCGCCAAUCUACCAAAACAACUCUGAACACCCGGCCAAACCCACGGAGGAAAACCACGAGCAAGUAAAUCAUGAUCAGUCAGAGGAAACCGAAGCCCCCGAGGAAGAGCCUCAACAGCAGCAGAAGGAGGAGGAGCAGAAACAUCCCUCUGGUGCCUCCUCUGGCCGAAGAAACCCUCCUGGUGGAAAAUCCAGCCUCAUUCUGGGCUGAGCGCGCUCACUGAACUCUCUCUCUCUGUCUCUCUCUCUCUCUCUCUCUCUCUCUUUCUUUUUUAAAGAUUCACUCUCUCUUCACUCUCACUCUCAUCAUGUGAGCCAUGGGAUGACUUUUUUUUUUCUUUUCCUUUUUGUCCACUACCACAUGUCUGUAUUAUUGUUUUUCUAUCGCAAAAAAAAGAAAAGAAAAUGAAAGAAAAGCUGGUUGGCAGAAGCACUUUAUGUAAAAGCUCCAUUUCAGCCCAUCAUGAAGAGCGCAGGCCGUGCAGGGGGGACUCAUGGAAGGCAAAGCAAGGAAAAGAUUCGUCGCGCUAAAUUUCUAAAUACAAAUAAAGAUUGAUAUGAAUUUCACUGCCUCUGCUGGUGCUUGUGUAGUAAAACACUGCAUGGUGUAAUCUGUAAAAACAAAAAAAAAACAUUUAAAAAGAUCAUUAGUUUGUGAUUAUUUAAAGGAAACCUCAUACACACUUUCCACAGAUUCAUGCUUUUAUAAAAUUCAUCCUAGACAAUACGAUGUUUUUGUACACGUUUGUGGAUUUGUAAUUAUUUUACAUAUUUAGUAAAGAUUUCAUUUUGACACUACUGAUAAAACUUACCUGAGAUCUGACUUGUUUUUGAUGUAAAAGUUAAAAGCUAUGUAAAAUAUAAAACACUCCAGGGCAAGUACCCUUAUACCUGCCACUUUGCCAACGAUUACAACUAUUUAUAUAUUAAUAAACAGUGUCAUACUUUUUUAUUGUAUUUAUAGUCAUUUUUAAUGUGGUGGAACAUCUGUAGCCAGUCGUUCCCUCACCAGUCCCUCUUGUUUUAUUUCUUGAAAGCACUAAGACUUUUACUAGUACACAAAAAUUACUUUACUUUAGACUAAUACAAAAAAGUUGUAUUUCUGAGAAAUUGCAAAGCAUACAUUCCUCUGUCCUGAAGAUUUUCCAGUGUCAGAAACUUAAAGCUUUAACUCUGAGUGUUAGAAACUGCUGGCACUAGAGACUCCUUCCAUAAAUGCUCCAGAAAUUAUCUAAAAAACAAACAAACAAAAAAAAACAGUUGUAGCUCCAUUUAAAGUAUGAAUCACAUUGUUCCUCAGCACACAGUAUGGUGUCACUUCACACCAGCGUCAGUCAGACUUUCAUGCUCUGUAAAGUGUGAAGACAGAAUUGUACUGUAUAUCACAAGUAAUUCGGGGAAUUCUGGCUCUUUUCAGUGAGUCAGUAUAUUUGGCUCACCAAAUAAAUCCGAUAAACUCAGCAAAA